AUGGGCUCAAAUCCGGCUAUACAGCAGAUAUCCAGAAAUGCUAUCGAGGAUAUCUGGGGCCCCCGAACACCUUACAAGCACGUAUGGCCUACUCGAGUCGAUAUCUCCUGCGAGGAUGAGCCCGAUAACUGGGUCCAAAGUGCUUGUGUCUUGUGCAGCAACGGCUGCGGUCUUGACAUAGGUGUCAAAGACGGAAAAGUUGUGGGUGUUAGAGGGCGCGCUACGGACCGAGUCAACAAAGGAAGGCUUGGACCUAAGGGAUUGCAUGGCUGGAAAAGCAUCAACUCACAAGAGCGACUGACUCAUCCGCUAAUUCGGCGCAACGGAAAACUAGAGCGAGCAACGUGGGAUGAGGCAAUGGGCCUGGUAGCCAAACGCUCGAAAGAGCUAAUUGAACGACUUACGAGCCAUAGCAUUGCAUUCUAUACCUCCGGUCAACUAUUCUUGGAAGAAUACUAUGCAUUGGCUGUGAUUGGCAAAGCAGGACUUCAUACUUUACACAUGGACGGAAACACACGUCUUUGCACCGCAACGGCAGCAACAUCAAUGAGAGAGUCAUUUGGUUCGGAUGGCCAGCCUGGAUCAUACGAGGACAUUGACUACACAGAUUGUCUUUUCCUCACUGGACACAAUGUUGCAGCUACUCAAACGGUCUUAUGGUCCAGGAUGCUGGAUCGACUGGAUGGCCCGAAUCCUCCGAAGCUCAUUGUCAUUGAUCCGCGUCUCUCCGAGACUGCACGAAGGGCGACUGUUCAUCUUUCACCAAGAAUUGGUACGAAUUUGGCUGUUCUCAACGGUAUUCAGCAUCUGAUGUUCAAAAAUGGCUGGAUCAACAAUGAUUUUACGUCAGAGCAUGUCGUGGGGCUUGAGGAGCUGAAAAGAACAGUAGCGGAAUACACACCUGACAAGGUCGAAGAGAUCACAGGAAUCCCAGCAAAGGACCUCGAAGAGGCAGCCACUAUCAUUGGGAACACCCCUAGUCUCUUAUCUACCGCUUUACAGGGAGUCUAUCAGUCAAACCAAGCGACGGCGAGCGCAUGCCAGAUCAACAACAUUAACCUACUGAGGGGUUUGAUUGGCAAGCCUGGAAGCGGCAUUCUACAGAUGAACGGCCAGCCAACAGCACAGAACAACCGUGAAGCCGGCUGCGAUGGAGAGUUCCCCGGAUUUCGCAACCACAAGAACCCGGUUCAUAUGCAAGAGCUCGCUGAUCUCUGGAACAUCGACCCUAUCAAAGUACCUCACUGGAACGAACCGACUCACAUCGAAAACCUCCUGAACUACAUCGAGGACGGCUCUAUUAGGAUGAUGUGGAUAUCUGGCACGAACCCUCUUGUCAGUCUUCCAAACUUGCCAAGAAUUCGUAAGCUUCUCACCGACCCUGCACUCUUCGUGGUGUGUCAAGACAUCUUCAUGACCGAGACCGCUGCUGUGGCGGACGUUGUCCUGCCUGCCGCGCAGUGGGGAGAAAAAACGGGUUGCUUCACCAAUGUUGACCGAACGGUUCAUCUUUCUCACAAAGCUGUUGAACCACCUGGAGAAGCAAGGUCCGACCUUGACAUCUUCCUUGAUUAUGGCCGUCGAAUGGAUUUCAGAGACAAAGACGGCAACCUCCUGCUUCCCUAUAAGAAUUCAGAAGAAGUAUUCAGUGCCUGGAAAAAGAUGUCAUACGGUCGUCCUUGCGAUUACAGUGAGAUGACCUACGACAAGCUUACCGGAGGCUCGGGCAUCCAAUGGCCCUGCAACAAAGAAAACCCUCAGGGUACCGAGAGACUUUUUAGCGAUGGGAAGUUUUAUACCGACAUUGAAGUUUGCGAAAGCUAUGGGCACGACCUAGAAACAGGAGCACCCUACACCAAAACAGACUAUGCAUCCUUCAACCCGGCUGGUCGAGCUAUUCUGAAAUCAUGCCAUUACGCUCCAUCGAUGGAGGAGACGACUGAUGAAUACCCCCUGAGACUGUCAACUGGUCGCAACGUGUAUCAGUUUCACACCAGGACAAAAACUGGCCGGUCUAAGGAGCUUCAAGAUGCAUGCCCCGAGCCCGAGGUUCGGAUUUCUAAAGAGGAUGCAGCGAAGAUGGAUAUUCAAACCGGAGACAACGUCGUUGUCAAAUCUCGUCGAGGAGCCGUUGAACUAAAGGCAAAGGUUGGCGGAAUCUCCACCGGACAAAUUUUCAUUCCGUUUCACUUUGGGUACUUUGACGCAAAGGAUGGCAAAGCAAGAGCAGCGAAUGAGUUGACUGUUGAUCGAUGGGAUCCAAUCUCAAAACAACCCAUGUUCAAAUCCGGAGCUGUUCGUGUAGAGAAGAUAGAAGCAGGUGAGGAGCCUCACUUCAAAGAGCUUCAAUCGGAUGCCGAACAGGCAGUGAUCAACAAGAGAGUUGAGGCUGUGGAAGAUGACUCGACUCGGCGAAAGCGACUUCUCGAAACCUGGCUCGGAGAAACUUUUGAAAGCAUCAAGCAACUAUCUGAAAUCUACAGCACGUUGCUUCCUGACCUGUGUCACGACCUGGAAAUCGAGGGCGGGGUGCUUGUUCUGCAAAGGAUCGCAAAAAGGGUGGAAACAGUCCUUGGCGAGCAAGUCGACAAACUUGGAGAGGACGUCUGCGCGGGGAGCAAGAAAGCCGAGUCGUUGAGAAGCUCUCUAUUUCCGCCAGUCGAUACUAGGAGAAGUCCCUACGAGAUCAUGGAGACGUUGCAGGGGUUGCAUAUAUACCUUUCUCAUAUCGAAGGCGGUUUGACUGCGCUUCUUCCUGUGAGCCAGGCAACGUGGGAUGAGGAAUUUUACAAAGCGGUUCAGUUUGCCCAGGCUGGUAUGCAUCGCAUGCAAUCAUGGGUUGCUCAGCAAAUGCAAGUUAGGGCACCACAAACUUUAUUGGUUCCGGCGUUGGUGAGGGAUUGA